ACGGCGGCCGCCGCUCUGAUCGCCGCCUCAACGACACCACAACACCAUCACGUCUACGAGAAUGAACACGAAGAGAAUGACGACGAACUCGUCAACGGAGAGAUAGGCGUUGCAUUCAAUAACGAUGGCGACGGCGACAGUGCUAUCGAUGUUCCGCGACCUGAAGAGGAGAGGGAAACAGAGGUGUCUAAGAAGAUGGGUCUGCAGGAACAGCUUAAGCAAUUACAACAAGACUUAGCAAUGAAUAAAGACGACAGCAAAGUGACCAAAAACGAUGUCUUACACGAAGAGAAUGUUCGACAGGGAAGAGACAAAUACAAGACACUGCGAGACAUAAGGAAAGGCAAUACUAAACGACGUGUGGAUCAGUUCGAGAACAUGUAAACACUGUUUGAAAUAAACAAAAGUAAUUUAAAAGUGAAAUUAGUUUAUAACCGAAACACAAUUUUUUCACACAACAAAACAUACGAAAAAUUUGUUUUUUAAGAAUUGAUAAUUUAGUGAAAGAAACAACAAAAGCAUAAAUACAACAAUUUUUUAAGUUUUUGAAUCAAUUUUUCAUCAAAUGUUUGGUUUUGUUUUAAAAGCGAAUCUUUAUUUUCUUUAUAUAA